AUGAGCAAUUAGGGUUAAACUAACAAUAAUAAUGCUUUAUUUUAAUUUCCAUCUGAUUUGAAAAUAAAUGAAGAGAAUCAAAUAGAUGGAAUCUAAAAGAGUGAAGAUGAUAAACUAUAAUUAUUGCAGCCACAUACGAAUAGUUCUUUACCUUCUAUGGAAUAAUUAGAAAUUCAGCCUGUCCCUUAACUAUUAUAAUACUUGUAUUAAGUCAAAUGAUUUGAAUAGCUCAUAAAUGUCAAUAGAUGACCCUUAACAUUAAAUAAGAAAAUAAAUGUCAAUUGAAUUGAUAAGUCCAUCUCCUAUAAAAAGGAAUAAAGAAAAGAUGGAAUCUAAUUAGAUUGAAAUCAAGUAAGUUGAAAUCAAUUAAGUUGAAAAAGAAGAAGUCCCUUACAUAUAAACUCGUAGAAAAGUUAAUAAAACAAAUUAUAAUGUCGAUGAUUCACCAACAGAAGAAGAUGAUCUCAAACCUUGUCAUUGUGCUAAAACACAUUGUUUAUAAUUAUAUUGUUCUUGCUUUCAUAAUCGAAGACCAUGUACAAAUGAAUGUAAAUGUAACGAUUGUUUUAAUGAUGGAAAACAUGAAGAUGAAGUCCUAAAAGCGGUUGAAUAAAUUAAAUUAAAAGAAUAAAGAGCAUCACAUCAUGAUUUAGAUUCUUUCGAUACUAAAUAAGUAUGGGGUUGUAAAUGUAAGAAGACAAAAUGUGUCAAAGGUUAUUGUGAAUGUUUCAUUAGAGGAAAAAAAUGUACAUCACAUUGUCAAUGUACAGAAUGUGAAAAUAAAAGGUAACCUAAAUAAUAAUAGUAAAAAACUUUUGGAGAAUUGACAAAAAAAAUCAAAAAAAAAAAAUAGUAAUGA